AUGGUGUCCCAGCUGAGCGCCCUGCAACGGGAGCUGCUGGGCGCCCUGCUCAGCUCCGGGGCCACCAAGGAAGGGUUGAUCCGUGCCCUGGAGGACAUGGUGCCCGCCGCCGGCUUCGGCGUCAAGCUGGAGAGCCUUCCCCUGUCUCCCGGCGGGACCCCCGACGGCAGAGCCGCCCUCCCGCCGCUGGCCAACGGGCACGGCAAGGGCAAGCUCUCGGGCGACGAGGGCUCCGAGGACGGCGACGACUUUGACACGCCGCAGAUCCUCCGGGAGCUGCAGUCGCUUAACACGGAGGAGGCCGUGGAGCAGCGGGCAGAGGUGGAGAGGAUGAUCAGUGAGGACCCGUGGCGGGCAGCGAAGAUGAUCAAGGGGUACAUGCAGCAGCACAACAUCCCACAGAGGGAGGUGGUGGACGUCACCGGCCUCAACCAGUCCCACCUCUCCCAGCACCUCAACAAGGGCACCCCCAUGAAGACCCAGAAGAGAGCUGCCCUGUACACGUGGUACGUCCGCAAGCAGCGGGAGAUCCUCCGGCAGUUCAACCAGACAGUCCAGGGUUGUGGAAAUAUGACAGACAAAGGCAGUCAGGAUCAGCUGCUGUUUCUCUUUCCAGAGUUCAAUCAGCAGAACCAGGGGGCUGCCCAGCUCGACGACGCCUGCUCUGAAACGCCCAGCAAGAAGAUGCGGCGCAAUCGGUUCAAGUGGGGGCCGGCCUCCCAGCAAAUCUUGUACCAAGCCUAUGAGCGCCAGAAGAACCCCAGCAAGGAGGAGCGUGAGACUCUGGUGGAGGAGUGCAACAGGGCUGAGUGUUUGCAGCGAGGAGUGUCCCCCUCCAAGGCACACGGGCUGGGCUCCAACCUGGUGACCGAGGUCCGUGUGUACAACUGGUUCGCCAACCGGCGCAAGGAGGAAGCUUUCCGCCAGAAACUGGCCAUGGAUGCCUACAGCUCGGGCCAGCCCCCACACAGCAUGAACCUGCUGCUGUCCCACGGCUCCCCACACCACAACCAGCCCAGCGCUUCCCCGCCCAGCAAAAUGCCAGGGGUCCGGUACAGCCAGGCGAGCGGCGAGGCGACGUCCUCGGGGGCCAUCAGCCACCACGGCAGCGGUGCCAUGGUCACCACCAGCCAGGCUGUCCUGCAGCAGGUCUCCCCGGCCAGCCUGGACCCGGGCCACGGUUUGCUCUCUCCCGAAGGUAAAAUGAUCUCCGUGUCAGGGGGUGGGCUUCCCCCGGUGAGCACCCUGACCAACAUCCACAGCCUGUCCCACCACAACCCACAGCAGUCCCAGAACCUCAUCAUGACGCCGCUCUCGGGAGUCAUGGCCAUCGCCCAGAGUCUGAACACCUCGCAGGCCCAGAGUGUCCCUGUCAUCAACAGCGUGGCUGGCAGCCUGGCAGCCUUGCAGCCGGUGCAGUUCUCCCAGCAGCUCCACAGCCCACACCAGCAGCCGCUGAUGCAGCAGUCCCCUGGGCACAUGACACAGCAGCCCUUCAUGGCCACCGUGACCCAGCUGCAGAACUCACACAUGUAUGCACACAAACAGGAGCCUCCCCAGUAUUCCCACACCUCCCGCUUCCCCUCGGCCAUGGUGGUGACGGACACCAGCAGCAUCAGCACACUCACCAACAUGUCUUCCAGCAAGCAGUGUCCCCUGCAAGCCUGGUGA